AUGGCUUACACAACAUGGCAGAUGCCGUACGUGCCCCAUGCCCCUGCUUCCCAUAACCUGGACACUAUAUUCAAAGCCUUCUGGCAGAAAAUUUACAGACUGUUCAUACAUGCCCUGCAAGCUGUCAGAGAGCCUGCAAGCCCACUUCGCAGCACCCAUAGCCAACAAGCAACUUUUAAAGUGGAAAAAGCGCACCAACGGAGGCGAAGGUCACAGCAGCAUGCUGCAAAGAGUGCAGUGACCAGGCCAACACCUGCAAGCAUGAGAGAUCCAUGGACAGCUGAAAUACAGAGGGGGCAGCUCAGGAGAACACAAAAUUCACAGCUGUUGUCUGCAGCCAGGAGACUGGGAAUCAAUGCUCACUGGAACUGUGGUCUUCCACUAGCUG